AUGGCGACCGCACACCACGGCCCGAGCGGCCCCAGCAAGGGCGACCUCCCCGGCCGCUUGUCGUUCGUGAGCGGCACCUCGCAGCCCAAGGAACUCGAGGAUGGCGCCUACACGCCCGUGAAGUCGCCGGACCCGAACGCCAUCGAAGGCGGCGCGCUGCGUGAGGGUGGCGCCCCCGAUCUCAAGAGCAGGGACAGCAUCGGUCUCCUGGUGCAGUACGCUGCCAUUGGCUUGAACUACGGCGUGCUUCCGGCCACGAUCUACCCGUUCCUACAGCAGUUCAUGAAUGCUUCGGGAACUCAAGUGACCACGGCGUCGACGCUGCUGGUGCUGCCGUGGAGCUUCAAGUGCUUUUAUGGCAUUUUGUCCGACUGUGUGCCACUGUGGGGAUACCGCCGCAGGCCGUGGAUGGUGAUCGGAUGGAUCAUUUGUCUGGUGAUGCUGCUGAUCAUGGCCUGCAUGCCCGCAGGAGACCCGUACUACACGGUUUCGUCCGACCGCGACAUCAAGCCGGCAGACUACACGCCCGAGAUCGAAGCGCGCAUCAACUACGACGCCGCCGACCAGGCGGGCAAGUACGUGCUGCUCAUGUUCCUCGCUGCGGUCGGUUAUGUGUUGUCGGACGUGUGCGCCGACAGCAUCGUGGUCGACUUCGCCCAGCGCGAGCCGAUGGAGACGCGCGGCAAGACGCAGUCGGCCAUCUACGUGGUGCGCACGGUGUUCGUCAUCAUCGGCCAGUUCCUUACGGGCUUCUGCUUCAACGGCGAGGAGUACGGCGGCGACUUCAACUUCUCUCUGAACUUCCCUCAGCUCAUGAUCAUCCUGGCGGUGCUCACGGCGCCCGUGAUCCCCAUGACCUGGUUCUUCAUCAAGGAGGAGAAGCAGCCGCGCGUGAACUUCAAGAACUACAUGAAGGAGCUGUGGGAGCUCAUCCAGAAGCGCGCCAUGUACCAGGUCGUGUUCUUCAACUUCUUCCAGGGCCUCUUCUCCAGCAUCUCGUACACGGCCAGCUCCCCCGUGGCCUCCUACAUGGUGGGUGUUACCCCCAUCAACAGCACGCUCAGCGACAUCUUCGGCAACCUGCUCUUCAUGGCCGGCAUCAUGGUCACGUCCAAGUGGGGCCUGCACUGGAACUGGCGCUGGAUGAUCAUGUUCACGGGCGUCUUCGUCAUGAUCGUGGACGGCAUCUGCACCCUCAUCACGGUCUGGGACGUCUUCCGUAGCCAGUGGUUCUGGCUGGGUCUCCCCGUCGCCGUGCAGCUGCCGUACGGUGUCGGCUGGAUGAUCUCCACGUUCGUCAUCGUCGAGCUCUCGGGCGUGGGCAACGAGGGCGUCGUCUACGGUCUCAUCACCAUGGUCUCCAACCUGUCCUCGCCCUUCGCCACGGCCAUGACGCUCGUGAUCGACCAGCCCUUCGACCUCACCACGGAGCGCAUCCAGGCCGACGACACCUCCAUUCGGAAGGACGUCACGUACGCGGUCAUCAUCAUGUACGCCAUGACGGCCUUCUCGUGGGUCUUCCUCGUCUUCCUGCCUCGCCAGAAGGAGGAGACGCAGGAGCUGCUGCGCUCGGGCGGCAGCAGCAAGAUCCUUGGUGCGCUCACGGUCGCCUACCUCACGUUCGCCUUCGUCUGGUCGCUCAUGACCAACUUCAUGGCCAUGUUCGACAGCACCUCGUGCCUCAUCAUCGCCGGCGGCAGCGGCUGCUAA